AUGCCUCGCCCGGGCAGGAACACGUACAGCGACCAGAAGCCGCCCUACUCCUACAUCUCGCUGACGGCCAUGGCCAUCCAGAGCUCGCCGGAGAAGAUGCUGCCCCUGAGCGAGAUCUACAAGUUCAUCAUGGACCGCUUCCCCUACUACCGGGAGAACACGCAGCGCUGGCAGAACUCCCUGCGCCACAACCUCUCCUUCAACGACUGCUUCAUCAAGAUCCCGCGCCGGCCCGACCAGCCGGGCAAGGGCAGCUUCUGGGCGCUGCACCCCAGCUGCGGGGACAUGUUCGAGAACGGCAGCUUCCUGCGGCGCCGCAAGCGCUUCAAGGUGCUCAAGUCCGAGCACCUGGCCCCCAGCAAGCCGGCCGACGCCGCCCAGUACCUGCAGCAGCAGGCCAAGCUGCGGCUCAGCGCCCUGGCCGCCGGCGGCCCCCACCUGCCGCAGAUGUCCGGCUACAGCCUGGGGGUCUCCCAGCCCUCCGGCUUCAAGCACCCCUUCGCCAUCGAGAACAUCAUCGCCCGCGAGUACAAGAUGCCGGGCGGGCUGGCCUUCUCCGCCAUGCAGCCCGUGCCGGCCGCCUACCCGCUGCCCAACCAGCUGGGCAGCUCGCUGGGCAGCGGCUGGCCCCACAUGUACAGCCCCGGCAUGAUCGACACGGCCACCCCCAUCUCCAUGGCCAGCAGCGAGUACAGCGCCUACGGGGUGCCCCUCAAGCCCCUGUGCCACGGGGGCCAGACUUUGCCAGCCAUCCCGGUGCCCAUCAAGCCCACCCCGGCGGCGGUGCCGGCCCUGCCGGCCCUGCCAGCGCCCAUCCCCACCCUCCUCUCGAACUCGCCCCCCUCGCUCAGCCCGACCUCUUCCCAGACAGCCGCCAGCCAAAGCAGCCCCGCGACGCCCAGCGAGACCCUGACCAGCCCCGCCUCGGCCCUGCACUCGGUAGCGGUGCACUGA